CUUCUCUCUCUCGGCGGCGAUUAACAUAUCAAAAAAAGGUCAUUCUCCCGCAUUCCACCGUCGAAAAACCGACGUACUUCCCCGAAGCUCCGGCCGUCUCCCCAAAGUCGACACCUUCACGCCUUCUCUAUCAACUGUAACUAAGGGUUCUUUAUGGAUAUGGAUAUGGAUCAAGAAGCCGAGAACAUAGUUGGUGUAAAUCAGCACAAACGUAGGAGGAAAAAGUCAUCUGUAUGGGAGCACUUCACAAUUGAAACAAUCAGUGCAAGCUGCAUCAGGGCCUGUUGUAAGCAAUGCAAAAAGUCGUUUUCUUAUAUUUCAGGCACAAAAGUAGCUGGAACUAGCCACCUUAAACGACACAUUGUAUUGGGUAUCUGCCCAGAAAGUCAUCAUCAUCAGCAGGAUCAACAGCAACAAGAACAUCAACAGCAAACUGAAGAGGAAUCUCAGUUAGCUCUAUAUUUGCCUGGUUCAGAAACUAAUAUCUGCCCUGCAAUUGAACCCUCAAGAAAGCGGUAUAAAGCAAUCCCUAGAUUAUCCAGAAUCCAUUUCAACCAAGAUCUAUGUAAUCUUGAAUUGGCCAAAAUGAUAAUUUUGCAGGAGUAUCCUCUUCAUAUUGUGGAGCAUCAUGAGUUUAUCAAUUUCAUUCGAACAAUACAACCUCUUUUCGAUCCAGUCACUGUUGACUUCAUACAAGAGGAAAUCUUGAGUUUCUUUCUGAGGGAAAAACAAAAUCGUAUCGACGUUCUUGCUCAAUCUCCUGGACGAGUAAACUUAACCUUGGAUCUGUUGUUAUCGGAUAAUUCCAUAGGCUAUGUUUUAAUUACAGGAUACUUUGUUGAUGCUAAUUUCAAAUUGCAACGGCAGGUUCUUAAUGUCAUUAUGGUUCCAAAUCCAGAUUCAGAAUGCUCACUUAACCAAGCUGUUCUUGAUUGUCUUGUCGAUUGGAAUCUAGAGGACAAGCUGUUCACUGUUACUCUAGCUGAAUCAUUCGCAAGCACUUCUUUUAGAGAAAAUCUGAAAUCCCUCCCUUCUGUCAAGAUCCAACAUAUUCUAAACGGACAGCUAUUGAUUGGGAAUUGUUACGCCAGCAAUUUGACUCGGCUUGCUCAAGAUGCGUUGCUUUUGACGAACGAAGUUGUUGGGAAAGUUCGUCGGAUAGUGAAGUACGUUAAAACCUCGAGAGCUACUGAAAUUGAAUUCAACGAGAUGAAAGAACAUCUGCAUGUGGGUAGUACGAAGAGCUUAAACAUGGACGAUAUCACAAAAUGGAACACUACUUACCAUAUGCUUAAAACUGCUUGUGAAUUGAAGGGAGUUUUUUUCUGCUUGGAUACAUUUGAUUCAAAUUACGAGCUUCCUUCUAACGACGAGUGGAAUCAGGUUGAAACUCUUUGUACAUACUUAAAGCUUAUGUUCGAUGCAAGCUGCAUAUUAGUAGGUGGAACAAACUUAACUGCCAGUGUGUUCUUCCAUGAAAUGUGGAAGCUUAAGUACGAUCUCAUAAAUGCAAGCCUGAGCAAAGAUGUUUUUGUCAGUAAUUUAACAAAACCUUUGCAGGAGAAGUUUGAUCAUUAUUGGAGAGACACCUGUUUGGUUAUGGCUCUUGCUGUGGUUAUGGAUCCGAGGUUUAAAAUGAAGUUAGUGGAAUUCAGUUUUUACAAGAUUUAUGGCGAAGAUGCUGAAAUGUGGAUUAAGACUGUUGAUGAUGGUAUUCAUGAACUGUUUCUUGAAUAUGUUGUGAAGUCUCUUCCGCCUGCAAACUUUUUGAUGGAAGUGAACGAUGGUUCUGUAAUGACAGAGUUAACAAAGGAUGGAAAUCUUUUCUCUGAUGAUGGUGAAGAGUUUUCGGAUUUUGAUUUAUAUAUAUCAGAGAUUACGAGUAAUCAGCAGAUCAAAACUGAGUUACAUCAGUAUCUUGAAGAACCCGUUUUGCCCCGGGUGCAGGAGUUUGAUGUUUUAGUUUGGUGGGAGUUGAAUCGCGCCAAUUACCCGACUCUUUCUCAGAUGGCUUUUGAUGUUUUGUCGAUUCCGUUUUCUACAGUUGGUACUGAUUCAGUUUUUGAUACAAUGACGAAGAAGAUGGAUGUUUAUCGCAGUUCGCUAACACCCCAGUUAAUCCAGGCCCUUAUUUGCUCGAAGGACUGGCUGAGCAGGAGUUCAUAGAUUAGAAAGUAAUAUCAAAGUUUUGGAUUUUUUUUUUUUGGUAUAGAAAUUUUGAAAUUUCAUAACUGUCUAGAAAUUCCUUUAAACUUUUUUAUUCUGAAUUCAUUAUUCAACUAAACAUGUUUAUGAACAAAUUCUCAACUUUU